AUGGCCUAUUGCCCGUGGUGCCUGUCGGCUAGCAAUGAGAUCGAGACUCCGGCCAUUUUGUCUGCUUGGAGGAAGACAAUCGCGUUGAUCGAAGGCCUAAAUCCAGCGACUAUUAUACCGGGCCACCUGGAGGCUGCGACAAAGAAGCCUGGGGUCCAGGAGCUAUUUGAAACUUUCAAGAAUGCGUUCCCAAAGGCAGAAAAGAACAGCGAUUUCUUCUUGGGCCAUCUCAGCAAUCAGUUUGGAGAAGGUGGUGUUAAGUGGGAGGAGAACCGGCAUCAUCGGGUUGCGACCAGGACGAAGGAGCAAUUGGAAGCCUAUUGGAUAGCUUAG